AUGUCAACAAAAAUACGCCCUGGCUGUUUAAAUGCUACAAAGAAUAAGGAUGGCUUGGAAUGUUCAAAAUGCCACAAAUUUUAUGAUACACUUUGUGCAAACAUCACCGAUAAACGAUUAAGAGUCAUGAAUACUGAACAGAGGAAUACUUGGAGAUGUCCCGAUUGCGUGAAUAAAUUACCGAAAGGUAACAACUCGCCCUCACCGUCCCAUGCCAAUGUAACUAUGCGCAAUAAAAGCAUUUUUACUCAAAAUCAAGAUCCUCUGACUGACGAUAGUACGAGUAAUAUUGAGCUUCCCAGUGAUAAUUUAAAGGAACUAAUAAGGCAGGAAAUUAAAAAUGCUGUCAAAGAAGCCGUGGCAGAUCAAUUUAUAAUUAUUAAUGAUUUAGUAAGCAGCUUCCAGCAAUCUCUCUCGUUUUUCAAUGAUCAAUUUGAAAACAUUCAUGUUUAA